GGCCACAACGGGCCGCUCAGUGUUCGCAGGCUCCGACCAGGCCGCCAACACCAGUAAGCUACAAGGAGGAGGUUUACCACUGCCUGUGCUACUACUACCGGCGCGACUUCCCAGCCUGCAACGUAGGGCGCAGCAAGGGCCUGACGCUGAGCGAGCAGGCGCUGCACACCAAGCGGUUGUCGCCGGGCGGGCACAAACAGAUGGUCAGGCAAAAGCUCCUCAAUGGCCACUGCAAGCCAGCUAGCUCCGGCUGCAGCCGUUGCCGCACACUCGCCUCACCUGAGCCUGGACAGUCAAGGUGACGUGAUCCGGCCCCUGUGGAAGCAGGUGGAGUUGCUCUUCAACACAAGAUACGGAACCUCCGGGGAGCUGGGUUGGCUGAGGCCGAUCAAAAUUGAGCCAGAGGAUCUGGACAUCAUUGCAGUCACUGUCCCAGACCCCUCUCCAACAUCUGGGGAAAUGACAGACUCGAUGCCUGGGCACCUGCCAUCGGAGGACCCUGGUUAUGGGAUGGAGAUGCUGACAGACAGUCAAGAUGACGUGAUCUGGCCCCUGCGGAAGCAAGUGGAGCUGCUCUUCAACACAUGAUAUGCCAAGGCCAUUGGCAUCUCGGAGCCCGUCAAGGUGCUGUACUCCAAGUUUCUGAUGCACCUGGAGGAGCUGUUUGUGGUGGGGUUGUCUGAAGGCAUCUCCCUCCGCAGGCCCAGCUGCUUCGGGAUCGCCAAGCUCUGGAAGAUUCUGGAGGCCAGCAACAGCAUCCAGUUUGUGAUCAAGAGACCCUUUGCAGAAAUCUGCAACGAUGCCAAGGUGCCAGUUGAGUCGGAGGUGAGGAAGCCACCCUUCUGCCCCAUGGGGACUACAGACUGUUCCUUUUGAAAAAAGGUAGAGCCGGGUGCAGUGGCUCAUGCCUAUAAUCCCAGCACUUUGGGAGGCAAGCAGAUCACUUGAGGUCAGGAGUUCAAGACCAGCCUGAGCAACAUAGUGAAACCCCAUCUCUACUAAAAAUACAACAAUUAGCUGGGCGUGGUUGUGGGCACCUGUAAUCCCAGCUACUUGGGGGACUGAGGCAGGAGAAUUGCAUGAACCCGGGAGGCAGAGGUUGCAGUGAACUGAGUUCACGCCCCUGCACUCCAGCCUGGGCGACAGAGCAAGACUCCAUCUCAAAAAAAAAUGAAAAAGACAGAGACACCAGGAGUUGGAGGCUGCAGUGAGCUAUGAUUGUACCACUGCACUGCAGCCUGAGCAACAGAGCAAGACCCUGUCUCUAAAAAAAAAAAUUUAAUAAAUUUUUUAAAAGCAAAGAUAGAUGUGGUCCAGGUGGGCAUGCAAUAGAUGGCUUACCACCUUGAAAAAAAUAUAGCCCCUCUCCACCCUGGUGCCUCCCCAGGGAGCCUGAGGUCUCCAUGAAUGAGGACAGGUAUCCCCAAGAGGCCCCUGGAAACCUGCAGGUGCCCUGCAGAGGGGAGGCCCUGCCAUAGCACCAAUGAGUGUAUGAGGUCAGCUAGAAGGACAAGAGGCAGGCUGGGCCUCAGGGAGGAUCAUGGGGGCCUCCUGGGUACCAGACGGGUAGCAUGUGACCGACAGGGGUAAGGCAGGCGGGCACUGCCAGAGACUGGCUGGACCCCGUCCGUUCUGCUGGCAUCUGCAGGGCAUACAGAACCUUUCACCAGGCACCUGGGGGCCCCCUGGCAUGAUGGUUCCGAUUAAGGUGUAUGAUGGGACUCGGGAGAAAUUACUCUCCCCCUCCCCCUCCCCCUCCCCUCCCCCUCCCCUCCCCCUCCCCCUCCCCCUCCCCUUUCUUCGGUGUCCCUCUCCUUCUUUUUUCGGUCUCCCUCUGUUGCCGAAGCUGGACUGUACUGCCGUGAUCUCGGCUCGCUGCAACCUCCCUGCCUCGGGCUCCUGUGACUCUCCUGCCUCGGCCUGCCGAGUGCCUGGGAUUGCAGGCGCGCGCCGCCAUGCCUGAAUGGUUUUUGUAUUUUUGGUGGAGACGGGGUUUCGCCGGGUUGACCGGGCUGGUCUCCAGCUCCUGGCCUCGAGUGAUCUGCCUGCCUCGGCCUCCCGAGGUGCUGGGAUUGCAGACGGAGUCUCGCUCACUCAAUGCUCAAUGGUGCUCAGGCUGGAGUGCAGUGGCGUGAUCUCGGCUCACUACAACCUCCACCAACCAGCCUCCUGCCUUGGCCUCUUAAAGUGCUAAGAUUACAGCCUCUGCCCCGCCGCCACCCCGUCUAGGAAGUGAGGAGCGUCUCUGCCUGGCCGCCCAUCGUCUGGGAUGUGAGAAGUCCCUCUGCCCGGCCGCCCCGUCUGGGAAGUGAGGAGCGCCUCUGCCCAGCCGCCAUCCCGUAUAGGAAGUGAGGAGCGUCUCUGCCCGGCCGCCCAUCGUCUGGGAUGUGAGGAGCGCCUCUGCCCGGCCACCCUGUCUGGGAAGUGAGGAGCGCCUCUGCCCAGUCGCCCAACGUCUGGGAAGUGAGGAGCGCCUCUGCCCGGCCGCCCUGUCUGGGAGGUGAGGAGUGCCUCUGCCCGGCUGCCACCCUGUCUGGGAGGAAGUGAGGAGCACCUCUGCCCGGCUGCCCCAUCUGGGAGAUGAGGAGCACCUCUGCCCGGCCGCCCCGUCUGGGAGGUGAGGAGCACCUCUGCCUGGCCGCCACCCCAUCUGGGAGGAAGUGAGGAGUGCCUCUGCCCGGCUGCCCCAUCUGGGAAGUGAGGAGCGCCUCUGCCCGGCCGCCACCCCAUAUGGGAAGUGAGGAGUGCCUCUGCCUGGCCACCCCGUCUGGGAGGUGAGGAGCGCCUCUGCCCGGCCGCCCCGUCUGGGAGGUGAGGAGUGCCUCUGCCCGGCCGCCACCCCGUCUGGGAGGAAGUGAGGAGCACCUCUGCCCGGCUGCCCCAUCUGGAAGAUGAGGAGCACCUCUGCCCGGCCGCCCCGUCUGGGAGGUGAGGAGCGCCUCUGCCUGGCCGCCACCCCGUCUGGGAGGAAGUGAGGAGCGCCUCUGCCUGGCUGCCCCAUCUGGGAAGUGAGGAGCACCUCUGCCCGGCUGCCCCAUCUGGGAAGUGAGGAGCGCCUCUGCCCGGCCGCCACCCCGUCUGGGAAGUGAGGAGCGCCUCUGCCCGGCCGCCCCGUCUGGGAAGUGAGGAGCGCCUCUGCCCGGCCGCCCCGUCUAGGAGGUGAGGAGUGCCUCUGCCCGGCUGCCACCCCGUCUGGAAGUGAGGAGCACCUCUGCCCGGCUGCCCCGUCUGGGAGAUGAGGAGCACCUCUGCCCGGCCGCCCCGUCUGGGAGGUGAGGAGCGCCUCUGCCUGGCCGCCACCCCAUCUGGGAGGAAGUGAGGAGCGCCUCUGCCCGGCUGCCCGGUCUGGGAAGUGAGGAGCGCCUCUGCCUGGCCGCCCCCUCUGGGAAGUGAGGAGCGCCUCUGCCCGGCCGCCCCGUCUGGGAGGUGAGGAGCGCCUCUGCCUGGCUGCCACCCCGUCUGGGAGGAAGUAAGGAGCGCCUCUGCCCGGCCGCCACAUCUGGGAGGUGAGGAGCGCCUCUGCCUGGCUGCCACCCCGUCUGGGAGGUGAGGAGCGCCUCUGCCCGGCCGCCCCGUCUGGGAGGUGAGGAGCGUCUCUGCCCGGCCGCCCCGUCUGGGAGGUGAGGAGCGCCUCUGCCCGGCCGCCCUGUCUGGGAGGUGAGGAGCGCCUCUGCCCGGCCGCCCUGUCUGGGAGGUGUACCCAACAGCUCCGAAGAGACAGCGACCAUCGGGAGCGGGCCAUGAGGACGAUGGCGGUUUUGUUGAAAAGAAGGGGGGGAAGUGUGGGGAAAGGAAGGAGAGAUCAGAUUGUUGCUGUGUCUGUGUAGAAAGAGGUGGGCAUAGGAGACUCCAUUUUGUUCUGACUAGAAGAAAUUCUUCUGCCUUGGGAUGCUGUUGAUCUAUGGCCUUUCUCCCAGCCCCGUGCUCUCUGAAACAUGUACUGUGUCAACUCAGGGUUAAAUGGAUUAAGGGCAGUGCAAGAUGUGCUUUGUUAAACAGAUGCUUGAAGGCAGCAUGCUCUUUAAGAGUCAUCACCACUCCCUAAUCUCAAGUACCCAGGGGCACAAACACUGCAGAAGGCCGCAGGGACCUCUGCCUAGGAAAACCAGAGACCUUUGUUCAUGUGUUUAUCUCCUGACCUUCUCUCCAGUAUUAUCCUAUGACCCUCCCAUAUCCCCCUCUCCGAGAAACACCCAAGAAUGAUCAAUAAAUACUUCAUAAAUAAAAAAAACAAAAAAACAAAAAAACAAUCUGCAGUUUUUGACGUGGUGGCCAAUAAGCACAUGAACAGUUGAUCAACAUUGUUCACUCAUUAGAGAAAUGCAAAUUAAAGCCACCAUGAGAUAUCACUCAAACCUAUUAGAAUGGCUAAAAUAGAAAAUACUGACACAGCCUGGGCAACAUGGCAAAACCCAGUCUCUACCAAAAAAAUACAAAAAAAAAAAUAGGCAGCGAUGGUGGUGCAUGGCUGUGGUCCCAGCUACACAGUAGGCUGAGGUGGGAGGAUCACUUGAGCCUGGGAGGUGGAAGUUGAAGCAAGCCAAUAUUACACCACUGCACUCCAGCCUGGGUGACAGAGUGAGACCCCACCUCAGAAAAAAAAUAAAUACUGACAAUACCAAGGGGUGGCAGGGAUGCAGAGCAACUUCCUAGUGGAAUGCAAAAUAGUACAGACACUAGAGAAAACACUUUCAUAGUUUCUUAAAAAUGUAUAACAUACGAUGACCAUCCAACCAUGCAAUCCCUUUCCUGGGUAUUUCCUCUAGAGAAAUAAAAACUGCUAUUUACAAAAUUCCAUACACAAACAGUUAUAGUAGCAUUAUUUGUGAUGACAAAAAAUGACAACUAAAAUAUCCUUCGAUGGGUGAAUGAAUAAACAAACUAUGGUACAUCCAUACAACAGAAUGCUACUCAGGAAAACAACAACAACAGGUAUUAGUACACCCAACAACUUCGACGAAUCUCAGAGGCUUCAUGCUGAUAGAAACCAGCAUCUUAGUUCCUUCUGGCUGCAGUAACAAAAUACCAUAAACUGAGUAGGUUAUAAAAAACAGAAAUUUAUUUCUCACAGUUCAGGAAGCUGGCAAGUUCAAGAUCAGGAAGUCAACAGAUGUUGGUGUCUGGUGGUUCAAUGAAGGUACCUUCUCCCUGUGUCCUCACAUGAUGGGAGGGGGAGACAGGCUAGGCUCUCUGCGGUCUCUUAUAAGGGCACUUACAAGCCCCAGUCAUGAGGGCUCCACUUUCAUGAACUAAUCACCUCCCAAAGGCUCCGCCUCCUAGUAGCACCACCUUGUGGUUUAGAAUUUCAACAUAUGAAUUUGGAGGACACACAAAGAUUCAGACCAUGGCAGCCACCUUAAAAGUUUUCAUACUGUAUGAUUCCAUUUAAGAACUAGGGGUAGGAAAGAAUGUGACUAUAAAGGAUUAGCACAAGAAAGUUUUUUGGGGUAAUGAAACUGUUCUGUAUUCUGAUUGUGGAGGUGUUUACAUAAAUCUAUUAAAAUUUAGAAAUUUGCAGAACAUUAUACUCCUCCCAAAUCAAUUUUACUCUAUGAUUUAAAAAAAAAAAAACCCUCAACCGGGAACGGUGGCUCACACCUAUAGUCACAACACUUUGGGAGGCCAAGGCAGAUGGAUCACCUGAGGUUAGGAGUUCGAGACCAGCCUGGCCAACAUGGCAAACCCCGUCUCUAUUAAACAUACAAAAAUUAGCCAGGCGUGGUGGCAGACGCCUGUAAUCCCAGCUACUCAGGAGGCUGAGACAGGAGAAUCACUUGAACCAGGGAGAUGAAGGUUGCAGUGAGCCAAGAUCACGCCACUGCAUUCCAGCCUGGGCAACAGAGCGAGACGCCAUCUCAAAAAAACAAAAAACAAAACAAAACACUUGAGAGGUAAUUUCAAGUUUGGAUUAGAGAGAAGUACAGAGCAGGAGACACGGAUACUGACCAAGACACAACUACAAUUAAGGACUAGAGGUAACACAGUGGGUAGCUAGGUGUGGUGGUGCUUGCCUGUAAUCCCAGCUACUUGGGAGGCUCAGGCAUGAGAAUCACUUGGACCCGCAAGGCAGAGACUGCAGUAAGCCAAGAUCGCACCAGGGCACUCCAGCCUGGGCAACAGAGUGAAACCCUGUCUCAAAAAUAAAUAAAUAAAUAAAUAAAUAAAUAAAUAAAUAAAUAAAUAAUCUUGCCAUUA